UCGGAUCUGACCUUUGCACGCCUGCCUCUUCUUCCUCCUUCGCAGGAACUAGGGUUUCGUCGAGACUCCUCCGCCACGAUGUCUAGCUUCAGCGGCGACGAAACUGCCCCUUUCUUCGGAUUCCUCGGCGCGGCCGCAGCCCUCGUCUUCUCCUGCAUGGGGGCGGCGUACGGCACGGCGAAGAGCGGCGUUGGGGUGGCGUCCAUGGGUGUGAUGCGGCCGGAGUUCAUGAUGAAGUCGAUAGUUCCCGUUGUCAUGGUCGGAGUCCUGGGGAUUUAUGGUCUCAUCAUUGCGGUGAUCAUAAGCACCGGGAUCAACCCCAAGGCCAAGUCGUACUACCUUUUUGAUGGGUAUGCCCAUCUCUCUUCUGGCUUGGCUUGUGGUCUUGCAGGACUUUCAGCUGGUAUGGCCAUUGGCAUCGUGGGAGAUGCUGGAGUCAGGUAGUUGUUGUUUGAGAUCCUUUCUAGAUUCGAUAGUGCUCUCUAUUCCUCUUUUUUUU